GCAAGGAGUUGGGGAGGGUAGGCGGCCGCCUCGGGGCUCCUCCGCUUCCCUGGGUCCGCGGCGGGUCCCUCCCGCUUGUCAGGCGGCGGCAGGCGGGAAUGAUGCUGAGAAAGGUGAUAAGGCUGAUCUACAAGAGCCAUAAGUUGGACCCAGGACGCUUUCUGCAUGUGGGCACCAGGACAUCACAAAGCAUUGCUGUCAGUCUGGAUGCCCAGGUUCCAGGUUCCAGGGCCAUUUCUCGAACUCAGGAAAGUGACCCGGCCAAGCAUGGGGAGCAGCACCUGUCUCAACACUACAGCAUUCCCCUGGAGGAACUGAAGACUGUUUUCCCACAUGGACUGCCACCUCGUUUUGGAAUGCAGGUGAAAACCUUCAAUGAAGCCUGCGUGAUGGUGAGGGAGCCAGCCUUAGAGCUCCUGCUCUACUUGAAAAAUACAAACUUUGCCAAACCUGCUAUCCGAUAUGUCCUCUAUGGAGAAAAGGGCACAGGAAAAACUCUUACUCUUUGCCAUGCAGUUCACUUCUGUGCAAAACAGGACUGGCUAGUAAUACAUGUUCCAGAUGCUCACUGUUGGGUCAAAAAUUGUCGGGAUCUUCUGCAGUCUACCUACAACAAAGAACGUUAUGAUCAGCCUCUGAAAGCCUCAACCUGGCUAAAGAAUUUCAAAACCACAAAUGAACGAUUCCUGAACCAGAUCAAAAUCCAACAGAAGUACAUCUGGAACAAACGGGACAGCAUAGAGGAAGGUAGACCCCUUGGAGAAAUAGUGGAGCAGGGCCUAACUCGAGUCAAAAAUGCUAGCGACGCUGUUGGGAUUGUAAUGAAAGAGCUAAAGAGGCAAAGUUCUUCAGGUUCCUUUCGCCUUCUGGUGGCAGUGGAUGGUAUCAAUGCUCUCUGGGGAAGGACCACACUGAAAAAAGAAGACAAAAGCCUGGUUGCCCCAGAGGAGCUGACACUUGUUCAUAAUGUGAAGAAAAUGGUGACCAAUGAUUGGCAUGGAGGGGCUAUUGUGGUGAGUCUGAGCCAAACUGGCUCUCUCUUCAAACCCAGAGCUGCCUAUCUGCAGGACUUGCUAGGAAAGGAAGGUUUUGACAACCUAGACCCCUUUGUUCCCGUCCAAGUUUACAAUUACACACCAAAAGAGUUUGAAAGUUGUAUUCAGUAUUAUUUGGAAAACAGGUGGCUUCAACACAAAAAAGCUCACACAGAAGAAGGCAAAAGGGAGUUGCUUUUCCUUAGUAACUCAAAUCCCUGGCAGCUGGAACGGCUCUGUGCUUAUCUCUAAAUCAUGCCAUCUCCAUCAGGCCUGGUGCUUGAUCACAAGUUGGUCUGAACCAGCAUGGAAAGUCUUCCUUCUGAGGCAGCCAAGUUCCUCUGUCUGGACGGAUCCCAGGGCUUAGAGUCCACAGUAGGCCUGGAGCUCAGGGAAGGAUCUUCCAAGGGUGGCCAGGCUUCCUAUUGAAGUGACUGAAGCAGCUGAAGAUUCCGUCCCUGGUCUUGUCAUUUGUGUCAGAAUCUGAACAUUGGACAUUGUUCUCAGAAGCAGAAUUCUAGGAUCCUUCCUUCUUUUAAAAAAAAAAAAAGGUAAAAAGAUAAAAUGCUUUUCUUAGAAGAAUGUCAUUGGGUUUAUGAGGAGCACUAGCCAAGAGAUAGUCUUCAUGGUGAGUCUGUAUUGUUGUCUGCAUGUUGUCCUCUGUUAAACAGAAUUCCUGGAUGAUUGUGUUUUCUAUUCACAAUUUCGUGCAGGGGGUGGAAAUAACAUCUACUCCUUUUCCCCUACCCCUCCUACCCUCACAUAAACUCACAGCCAUUUUCUCAUUUAA